AACUUACUGCGCGCGCGACGGUUUUAUUUAUAGGCCGUUAUCGAAUUAGCCGGAUCAACUUUUUAAUUCUGAAUGUUUUUCUUUCUGUUUUUUAUGUGCGCGGCCAGUAAUUGCGAUUUUUAAAACAGCAUUUGAAUAAUUGUGGUCGAGUCUUAUAAUUUAUAUCUAAAUAUGAUUUUUUAAUCACUUCUCUUGAUACACAUUUUAUAAUUACUUCAAACUUUUAAUAAUUUGUCUCAUAACUUAAAAAUAAUAGUUUAAACAUUUGAAAUUGCAGACAGUGCUAAGAUUGGAUAAUGAUAAGAACAUUCACUAAACAGUGAAGUCUUGUUUAUAAACUUUAUCAUUUGUUAUAAUGGUGAUUUCAUAUAAAUUAAAUUGCUUAAAUAACUUAACUAUUGUGACUUGAAAUAUGGUGUUUGUUGUUAAGUGAAAAGUGAAAUGCGUUUAAGUUAAAGAUACAUGAAAUCAUGUCUCCCCCGUAACCCUGGCGAUGAAGUGGGUGGCGCUGCUGUCGCUGAUCUUCGCGAACGUGGUGCAACAGCCGACGCCGGUGCUGCGCACCGAGGCCGGGCUCGUGCGCGGCAGCGUCAGCGACGACGGCCGCUUCUACCAGUACACCGGCAUCCCGUAUGCCAGGGUCGACCGGAGGAACCGAUUCCAGGCUCCCCUGCCUGCCCCGUCAUGGGAAGGCAUCUUCGAAGCCUCGAACGAGAACACGUGGUGCCCGCAGACCUAUCGCUCCGUGGUUAUCGGCGACACCGACUGCCUCAAGCUCAACGUCUACACGCCCGUCGACGCCAGGCCUGGCCAGCUCAUGCCCGUCAUGGUCUUCAUCCACGGAGGAUGCUUCUUCGAAGGCAGCGGCUCCAAUUUCUACUACGGCGGAGAUUUCCUCGUGCAACAUGGUGUGGUCUACGUAGGCAUUAACUAUAGACUCAGCGUCGAAGGCUUCCUUUGUCUCGGAAUAAAGGAAGCGCCGGGAAACGCUGGCUUGAAAGAUCAAAUUGCUGCGCUGAAAUGGAUCAAACGAAAUAUUAAAGCAUUUGGUGGAGAUCCUGAUAGCGUAACUUUGUUUGGGGAAAGCGCUGGGGCUGUGUCUACUUCGUUCUUGAUUUUGUCGCCAGCUGCUAAAGGACUUUUCCACAAAGCAAUCCUGCAAAGUGGAUCUUCGUUUGCACCUUGGGGACUGCAACACGAUCCAGUGGACACAGCCAGUAAACUAGUCAAAGAAUUCGGAUUCGAUACCAAAGAUCCUUACGAAAUAUACAGUAUUCUUUCUAAUAAGACUGCCAGUGAAUUAGUGUCAGCCAUAAAAUAUUCUGAAAAGAAAAAUUGGAUUACAGCCGAUAUAUUAUUCGUGCCAUGUGUUGAGAAAACCAUCCCUGGUGUUGAACCUAUAGUAACCAAGCAUCCUGGAAGAAUCAUCAAAUCAGGAAACUACACAAAGAUACCUAUGAUCAUAGGAUAUAAUGACAAUGAGGGGAUAUUUUUCGUCAGUAAAGAUUUCGGGACAAGCUUGAAGGAAAUCGACGUGUUGUCGCCGCUUCAGCCAGACUUGGUGUUUCCGAAUGAAGUGGAAAGAAAUGCGACUGCUGACAAGAUAAUGAAGCAUUAUUUUUCUUCUGAUGAAGAAGAUAAAGUAAUGAACAUGGUGGAUUUGUAUUCGGAUGUACACUUUAAGUAUCCCACAGUUGUGGAAUCGCAGUUGUACGCAAAGACGAGUGAGGAGAAGAUAUAUUAUUACCUGUUUAAAUACAAUGGGUACAUGAAUAUGCCAAAGCUGAUAUCAAUGUUUGGGGGCAGGGGUGGGGCGUCCCACGCUGACGAGCUGUUCUAUAUAUUCCGGCCACGAGGGUUCCCGCUACCGCACCGAUAUCUAGAAAACAAGAUGAUAAAACGGAUGGUCACCAUGUGGACUAACUUUGCCAAAUACAGUGACCCAACCCCCAGCACAUCCAAGCUGCUCCCGUUUCGCUGGCAGCCGAGCCGGGAACAGAAUCCGAUCGCGCUGGUCAUCGACCGGCGGCUGUCCACCGCGCCGCUUUGGGAGCCGGCGCCGGUUGCCUUCUGGAACGAAACCUACAAGAAGUACAGGCGGAAAGGAUACUGAUGUCAUAACAUAUUAUCUAGGAAAACUGUUAACGUUCUAUUAAAGUUAUUUUAGUGAAUAUAAGUUAACAAAUGUUGAGAAAACAAAGAAAUUAAUCUCUCAGUUCUUUUCAUUUCUUAUUGUCCCGAGACCGACGUACCUAGCGAGUGAGCCCUGUUACUGUUAAGGAUUUAUAUUUCGACGAGUCCCGCCAUGGAUGGAUGUCGUAGCCUUGACAGCGCGUUUUCAAAGAAAAGCUGGGCUUUGGGGCCUCACAGCCGAAUUUCUAAAACUUUCAUGUUGUAAUCCAUUUCAAAUUUCGGAUUUAUGAAGAAAUUAGAAAAAUGCCUACCUUUGUGCUUAGUUACCAAUUUAAUAGUUAUAUUUAUAAUGUCAUGUUGUGUACUUACAUUAAUAAACUAGUUUUUCUC